AUGGUGGUCACUAAGUUUUACUGUUUGGGGCUUGUUCUCCUUUGCUUUGUCCUUUGUCUUAAUGGAGCCAAGGGAAUAAAGAGAGAGGAGCCCACUCAGGACGAGGCCCUUCAUGAAAAGGGGCCCGGAGUGAAGGUUCUUUUUCCAGAAAGAAAUUAUAUUGCAAAUGGUACUUCUAUUUAUAUUUCAAAUGGCACUUCUGUUAAUGGUCUUGGUGAUCGUGUUCAAUAUUUUGCAUCAUAUUUCAGUAAUGAAGGAAAAUGGGGAACCCAAGCAGCUCUCAUUGUCUAUGGUUUACCAAAUGUUCAAACUAACCAACUCUCUUCAGUAUUUGUUAGCCUUGUUACUGCAAUGAAUGAUUCAUCCAACAUUUUGAAUUCAAUAUCAGCUGGGUGGUAUUUCCGGAUCUAUACGGUGAUAACGAUACUCAUUUUUUUUACUUAUUGGACCGCUGAUGGUUUCAAGAAUACAGGCUGCUACAAUGUUCUAUGCAAAGGCUUUGUACCCUCUAGUCCUUCACAAGCUCCAGGGUUUAAGAUUUGGCCACUUUCCAAAUACAAGGGAGACCAAUAUAUUAUAAAAGUUAAAAUACACAAGGAUAACAUAAGUGGAAAUUGGUUGUUGCACGUUCAAGACUCCUUAUUAGGGUAUUGGCCAGAAACUUUAUUUACUAGUUUGUUCGAGAGUGCCCAACAAAUCGCCUGGAAUGGAAAUGUUAACUUCGCCAAAAAUCUAAAAGGUCCUCCACUGGGAAGUGGUCAUUUUCCCGAGGAAGGCGGGGGAAAAGCAGCAGCAAUUCAGGAUAUUCAAUUUGUGAAUCAACAUGGACAACCCUAUGAUUUGACACCAGAUCGAGUGAGCAGUCAUGUUGAUAAAAAAGAUUGCUACAGAGUGGGAGAGUUUUAUCGUGCCGAGAUUGGAUUCAUGUUCUAUUUGGGUGGCCCAGGAGGUUGUUAA